UGGAUGAGAGACCCCCGCUGGGUGAAGACGCGCAGCGGAGGCUACGUGUUAGCUGAGCCGUGAAAAAAAAAAAAAGCUCCGAGGAUGAGGUGGAGGAAAAUGAUCACAUCACCAGCGAUCACUGUUUCACAUGCAUCCUGCUCGGAUUAGAAAUCUGCAUCUGUCUGGACAUCCGAGCUCGCUGCUGAUCGGCUGCCGUCGCCCUCCACCUUCCAGGUUUCCUCCUGCAGAUGUGGGCUGCAUCAGGGACAAAGGCCUGCUGCUCGGGAUACAUCGCGAUGAGCAGCAUUGAUCGUCUCCAGUAUUACAGGCGACUCCUGGAUGAGUCUGCUGCACCGUUUGCACGCCUUAUGGACACUUGUUCCAUGUCAGGUGAGAUGCAGCUGAUGUGAGAGGAGCAGUGUUACUGCUGUGACAAAGCAAACAACACAACCUGAGCUGCUCUUCUGCUCCAUCACGAUGAUGGGACUAACCUGACUCUGCUGGAUGUCACUCCCUGGCACUGCUGCAAGUAUGGGCACAAAUAUCACCGACGUUCCCUGGGAGCCUGCUUUCACCUCUGAUUCCGCCCAGGACCCGGUGUGGUCCUCUACAGCCGGCUGCGUGGUGAAGAUGGUGCUCAUAUCAGUCAUCGUGUGUGUGUCCUUGUUUGGGAACGUGGUGGUCCUGCUGGUGUUCCAGAGGAAGCCUCAGCUCCUUCACGUGGCCAACCGCUUCGUCCUCAACCUCCUGUUGGCAGACCUGCUCCAGACCAUAUUGGUCAUGCCCUUCGCCAUGGCGGCCACCGUGCCAGGUGUGUGGCCCCUGGAUGUGCGCCUGUGCCAGGCCCUGGUGGUGCUCAUGCACCUUUUCGCAUUCGCUGGGGUCAACACCAUCAUAGUGGUGUCUGUGGAUCGCUACCUGGCCAUCAUCCACCCUCUGUCCUACCCCACCCGCAUGACCCCUCACCUGGGCACCAACCUGAUCAUAUGCACUUGGGUGCUCAGCUUCCUGCAGAGCACUCCGCCUCUGUACGGCUGGGGGGCCAUUGACUUUGACCGACAUCACAACAUGUGCUCGGUGGUGUGGUCCUCCAGCCUGACCUACUCUGCCGUGGUGUCCACUUUUUCUUUCUGGCUGCCCGUGCUCAUCAUGCUGGGAUGUUACUGGAUGGUGUUCAGAGCAGCUCGGAGGCAGAAUGCUCUUGUGCACCCCAUACAAAAGCAAUCCUACUCCCAGCCAGCGCCACAGGACUUCCAGGGUCCUAGCAGUCCACACCAGCAGCCCCAAGCCCAGCAGACAAGUUCCCCUGAAGGCCCAAACUCAACCAGAGGAUACCCUGUUCGAGUCAGGCACAGACGCUUCCACUACCACUGCAAGGCAGCUCGGGUAGUUUUUGUGAUUAUGGCAUCAUACAUCCUCAGCAUGGGGCCUUACAGCAUACUGAAUACAAUAUCUAUGAGCACCAGAGCACCUGUACCACCCUGGCUGUCCUCUGUUGCCCUUGUGCUCUUUUUCUUACAGUGCUGCCUGCACCCUUACAUUUAUGGUUACAUGCACCGCAGUGUGAGGAAGGAAUUCCUGGCCCUGCUCUGUGGACUGUUCUGCAAACAAGGCCGUCCCAGCCAGAGCUCUGCCGUGGAGAGCUGCUUCACCACCACAGAGGGACGCUCAGGGGCCCACCCUCACCUGCCCAGCCUGGCCGCUCGGGUACUCCCUCUGCGGACUUGGGAAGAAUGCACGACAUCCUCCACCCCCACUCUUGAGAGGAAGUCGAGGGACAGCCGCAAAGAAACGGCUUCCACCAGCAUCAGCUCAGAGAGGGAGCUCACGGUCCACAGCAAACAAAGCACAUGAAGUGCCUCGAGAAUUCAUUGGAUGGACCAUAUUUGUUCUUACAUGAGGAGCAAUGUAUUCACACAACAGGGUUAUUCAUGCAGAAGUUACUGGCAUUAGGAGUAUCAGUACACAUUUGUUGAUCAGACAACUAACUUGAGUUCAGAUUUAUUUGGAAAAAGAAAUUGCUCAUUCAUGGUUCCUUUGUAAAUUGACCGUGUAAAACAGCAUUUAACUAGGUAAAAUCU